AUGAGCAGUGACGAAGGUGAAGUAUUUGCAACUAAGGAGGUUACCAAUAAUGUUUUCCAAAAAUUAACUCAAAGACAAGAAAACCGAGUUUGUUUUGAUUGUGGUAAUAAAAACCCUACUUGGACAUCAGUUCCAUUUGGUGUUAUGCUAUGUAUCCAAUGUUCUGCUGUACAUAGAAACUUGGGUGUUCAUAUCACAUUUGUCAAAUCAUCCAAUCUUGAUAAAUGGACUAUUAAUUAUUUGAGAAGAUUUAAGUUGGGUGGUAAUCAUAAAGCUCGGGAAUAUUUUUUGAAAAAUAAUGGGAAACAAUAUUUAAGUACGUCUAAUGUUGAUGCACGUGUGAAAUACACUAGUAGUGUUGCUAAACGUUACAAACAACAUUUAGAUAAUAUCGUGGAAAAGGAUUCUGAAUUACAUCCAGCAGAAUUAGUAUUAAACGAUGGUGAUCUUUCUGCUUUGAAUAGUGAUGAAUCUAAUGAUUCUUUAGUAUCUACUCCGGGAUCUAAAAAUAGCUCAACUGCAGAUGAAUUUUUUUCUAAUUGGCAAAAGCCUAAUGCAACUAGUCAAACUUCCAUUAAUAAUUCUCCAAGAGGGUUGACACCAAAUAAUACUGAUUCUGGUUCUAACACUUCCAAGCCAAAUACUCCAAGAACAUCAUCCAUCUUAAAUUCUAACAGAAGAAAGAUAAAUACGAAUAAUACAGGUGCUAAUACUAGUAUUGGUAAUAAAAAACAUUCUAUCUUAUCCUCUAGUAGAAAACCUAAGAAGUUAGGGGCUAAGAAGGUUGAUAAAUCUAAUGCAGAAGAUUUAUUUGAUCAAUUUGAAAAAGAUGCUGAAGUAGAAAAGGAAGAAGAACAAACCAUGGCAUUUGGAUUAAACAAUAAGAGUAAUGGUAAUCUUUAUAAUCCAAGCAACACAUACAAAAUGAAUAAUAUUUCGCCAUCUCAAACUAAUGAAAUAACAAUGAGUUCUACUAAGAAGGCCUUUACAGGUGACGAAGAAUUUGAUGAUUUCUUAAAUAACGAAUCUAAUGGUUUUAAUAAUAAUAAUGGUAAAGAUAAAGUAGCUGAAUUACAACCUAAGUUUGCCAAAUUAGGGUUUGGUAUGACUAACAACGAUGCCCAAAAAUUGGCCGAAGAACAAAAGGAAGCCACUAGAGCUGCUUCUGGUUAUAAAUAUACUGGUAAGGUUGCAGCCAAAUAUGGUGGUCAAAAUGCUAUUUCAUCUGAUCAAUUAUUUGGUAGAGGUACUUAUGACGCUGAAGCCUCUCGUGAAGCCAAGGAUAAAUUAAAAACAUUUGACAAUGCUACAUCUAUUUCCUCUUCAUCAUACUUUGGUGAAGAUAAAGAAGGUGACGAAGAAGGAAAUAUGGGUAAUUCAUAUGGAAUGGGUAGGAAUACUAAUAAUAGUAACAGUUAUAUUGAUUUUGGUGUAGCAGCAGAUGAUGAAAUUCAAAUGUUGAAAGACGCCGUGGAGCAAGGUGCAGCUAAAUUAGGUAAUUAUCUAAGAGAUUAUUUAAGAAAGUGA